AUGGCGUCAAUAAACACAGCUCUCCGCACUCUCCUCCGCGUCCCAACACCUCUCCGACCCCUCCUCGCCCAAAAAGCCCUAUACCACAGCUACGAACAUCCCGACCCACCACCCUACCCAGAAACCGAAUCCCGCAUCCUCUCCGCAGCACUCACCCACGUCCCAACCCACGGCUUCACACAAAAAUCCCUUUCCCUCGGAGCAAAAGAUGUCGGAUACCUCGAAAUCUCCACAAACCUCUUCCGUCGCGGAGCUUUCGACUUGAUUCUCUUCCAUCUCGUCACUCAACGCUUAGCCCUCAAACACCGCGUCCAAUUCCCUCCAGCUGAGAAAAUAGGCGUAGCGAGGAAGAUUCGAAGUCUCGUCCUCUCACGCCUCCACGCGAACCAUGAAACCGGCAUCCUCCCGCGCUGGCAAGAGGCCUUGGGACAGAUGAGUUUAGCGGAGCACAUUCCUGCGAGUUUACGGGAGUUGGGGCUUUUGAGUGAUGAGAUGUGGUUUUUGGCGGGUGAUCAGAGUGUGGAUUCGAGUUGGUAUACGAAGAGGGCGACGUUAAGUGGGGUUUAUGGUGCGAGUGAGGUUUUUAUGACGAGUGAUCAGAGUACGGAGUUUAAGGAUACGGAGGAGUUUUUGGAUCGGAGGUUGGAGGAGGUUAGGGUGCUUGGGAGUGCGGUUGGGGGGACGAUGGAGUGGGUGGGGUUUCAGGCUGGGGGUUUGCUGGGUUUGCUGAGGAGUAAGGGGGUUCGGAUAUGA